AUGCCGGACGCAUAUGCGUUGGACAGGUUGGUCUGGUCCAAAGUCUUCAGGAAGUAUCCCACGCAAGCGUACGUGAGGAUCCAGAAGUCGAUCUUGAAGUACAUUUAUCUCUCCUUGGGAGAUUUGUCGAGCGUGUCCCAGAGCUUGCCCUUGUGGCGGUGCCAGAACGCGGAAACAGACAUGGCGGUAGUCCAGCGGGACCUCAUCUGCGCUUAUCGAAGCCACACUCCACAGCGGAGUUUUCCUGCAGCUAAAACUCCGACCAUGCAAACAAAAUCACCGCAUGACUUUUCUUCCUCCAACAUGCUUUUUGAAGACGAAGCCCGCCAACUGUACCGCGAGUCCAUCCACAUCGACUCGCUCAACAUCUCCAAUUGGGGACCAGAAAUCUUUCACGCCUGGCGCAAGGGUGGCAUCACCGUCGUCUCGUGCACCUGCGGCCUCUGGGAGGACUUCAAGGGCACCAUUGCCAACAUCGUCCAGUGGAAAAAGUGGUACGAGGAGUACAGCGACCUUAUCAUGGAGGUCACCAGCAUUGAGGAUAUCUACACCGCCAAGAAGCUCAACAAGACAGGCGUCAUCCUCAAUUUCCAAAACACCUCUGGCAUUGAGGACCAGCUGGACUAUCUGCGUGUGUUCCGCGACCUCAACGUCCGCCAGAUGCAGCUCACGUACAACACGCAGAACUACUCCGGCGCAGGCUACACGGAGCUGCGCGACUCCGGACUGACCGGUUUUGGCAGAGAGGUGGUGGACCAGAUGGCAGAUCUGGGGAUCGUGUGCGAUCUGUCGCACGUCGGGCACCAGACGACGAUGGACACGAUUGAGUACGCGCGCAAGCCGCCGUGCUUUUCGCACGUGUUGCCAUCGGGCAUGAAAAAGUCCGGCCGCAACAAGACCGACGAGGAGAUCCUGGCGCUGGGGGCCAAGGGCGGCAUGGUUGCUGCCUCCAACUUCGGACCCCACAUGAAGAAGGGCAACGAGAGCACGAUCGACGACUACGUGGAGGUGCUGGAGUAUUUCAUUGGCCUUGUGGGGGAGGAUCUUGUCGGGAUCGGGUCCGACGCGUCGGAGGGCCACGCCCGGCCGUCGCCGUUCCUGGAGUGGUGCAACAGGGACAAGGGCUACGCGCGCAAGAUGACCGAGUGGGGCGCCGCGCCGGUCGUCAAGCCGCUCGGCAAGCUCGCCGACCGCGAGGAGCUGGCUGUGGCGAUGGCAAGACGCGGCUGGUCGGCCGAGAGAAUGCGCAAGGUGCUGGGUCUCAAUUGGCUGAACUACUAUCAGCGCAUCUGGGAAAACUGA